GGGGUGUAAAAAAAAAAUGAUACGUAUCGAUAUCCGUUUUUAGCUUGUAAGAUACGACUACAUCGAUGCGUGAAGUCCCGCAUCGGUUUUAAAAUGACACGAAUCGGUUGGUGCCCCGAUUUAAAAGUUAUGAACCGAUUCACAAGUGUUUUUCUCUACGUUAAGUUGCUAUCCGAAACCCUCACUCACUGACUUGGUGCAUUUGAGCUCAGUCACAACAAUGACAGCCUGUCAUUGGCCAAAGCCCGCAUACCAUAAGCCUAUCAGGCGUGCCGCUAUCCCUUUGAAUAACGCAACAUAUGUUGACAUUAAGUCUGUAGUGAAAUGAUGUCUGACCACAGCGAACCCAUUUUCAAUGCGCCAUCGACCCUCCGAUCAAAAGUUUGGAAGACAUUUGGCUUCUUUAAAAAAGAAGGUAAACUUGAUAAAAGUGAAGCCGUAUGUAAAAUAUGUAGGGCAGCAAUUAAGUACACUGGCAGUACUACAAAUCUCAGCACACACAUCUCGAGACGCCAUGCCAGUGAUGUUGAACUUGAUGCCAGCACUGCAUCGACCAGCAGCAGCACCAGCAUAACCCCAGACUACAGAAAUAUAACUCUGUUUCUCACUCAAUCACAACUGAGUUACAAUUCAGCGAGGGCUAAGUCAAUAACGAUGCGUGUGGCUCGUUUCAUCGCCAUGGACCUAAGGCCAUACAGCGUCGUUGAAAAUGACGGAUUUCGCGAACUGCUUAGAGAAUUAGAGCCGAGGUACAAGAUACCAAGCAGACAGCAUUUCAGCGAAACGUGCAUACCCGAGCUGUACAAAAAAACUAAAACUGACCUUAAGGCUAAGCUCUCAAGUGCAGAACGAGUGGCAAUAAUUACAGAUGCCUGGACAUCACGUGCAACGGAUUCAUACAUUACGAUAACCGUGCAUUAUGUUAAUCUGGAUUGGGAGUUGGCAAGCUAUGUUUUACAGACGAGAGUCUUCAAUGAGUCACACACGGGGAAAAACAUCGGGGCUUUAUUGAAAGAGGCAUGUCUUGAGUGGAACAUAGAGGAUAAAGACCCAGCACUGGUGACUGACAACGCGAGAAACAUGGUUGUGGCGGGAGCAGAGGGCGAGAUGUCCCCUCACCUUUUUUGCUUCACGCACACAUUAAAUCUGGCUGCCCAGAAGGCCUUGCAUGUGACCACUGCUACGAAGGUGCUUGGGAAAGUGAGGAGGGUGGUUGGAUUUUUCCACCGUAACAUAGCGGGUGCUGAACUACUGCGACAAAAACAACAGCAAAUGGCAUUGCCCUCCCACAAGCUCAUCAAUGACGUUACUACCCGGUGGAACAGUUCCCACGACAUGCUCGAACGUUUUUUGGAGCAACAAUCGGCAGUUUUUGCCACACUUAUGUCAAGGGAGCUCAGAAAAGGAGAAGAUGUAAGCGCUCUUACUGAAGGAGACCUCAGCAAUGCUGAGGACAUGGUGAAAGUGAUGGCACCUGUCAAAGUUAUCACCACAGUUAUGUGCGAAGAUGAGCAGCCCACAAUUUCGUUGAUUGCCCCCUUCAAAGCAAAACUAAAGAAUCACUUUGAGGCCACUACUGAGGACACAGGGCUCAUUAAGGAUAUGAAGAAGGUGUUCCUCGAAGAUUUUGUUAAGCGGUACACAAACAUUGAAGACCUGUUGUGUACUGCAUCAGCUUUGGAUCCACGCUUCAAAACCCUGCCUUUCCUCAGUGACCGUGAGACCGAGAGGAUCUUCUUGUCCAUUACAGAUUAAGCUACAAACCUGCAUGAUAAGGCAAGCUAAAGCUACCCCUCCCCUUUACAAAUUAACUGUCUAAAUACACAAUAUUUUUUGCAUUAUUGUUAUAGUAUUGUCUAUUCUUUCCUCUCGUCAUUAUUGCAGUCAUAUUGUUGAGUGUCAGUCAAUGAUGGGCUACUGCAUUGAACUAGACAACUAGUUAAUCAAAAAUGUUUGUUUUCUGUGAUGAUAAACAUCUACCUAGUCAGUGGUUACUCAUCAAUAAUCAUCCCUGUUAUUUUGUACUAUUACUACUAGAAAGUAGAGGAGAGCCAACCCAGUCCGAGUGAUAUUCAAGAGCCAGAUCAGAGAGACCCAACAUCCGUCCAGUCCAGCCCAGUCCAGGUCCAUGAAGAACCAAGAGGUGAUUGUCCUCCUUGUAAAAAUAGGAAAAGUACAGCACUGGACCAGCUGUUUGGAGAAACAUAUGUGGUAAGACCAUCAAGAAGCUCCAGGGAGAAGGUCAGCGAGGAAAUCCUGAGGUACAGAGAGAGAAACCUUUUGCCCAUGAAUGGCAAUCCACUGGAGUGGUGGAGAGCACAGGUGGACUUACCAUUGUUGUCAGAUAUUGCAAAAAGAUACCUCUGCAUACCAGCUACAAGUGUAGCAUCAGAAAGAGUUUUCAGUACCGCAGGAGAUAUUGUUUCCUCUCAACGCAGUGUACUUAGGGGUGACCAUGCCGAUCAAUUGAUUUUUCUCAAGAAGAAUCUUAAAAAACUCAAGCACAAAUGAAUUAUUAGGAGGUAGCUAAAGGAUAUCAGCAUACACUAAAUGUCCUACAAGAACAUACAUCUAACUAAAAGAGGAAACUGAAUCUAAAAAAAAGGGAUUGUAUUAGUUCUACUUAUAUAUAUUUUUUUUCUCCUUAUGCUGUGUUUGGCAGCAAUUUGGGCCAUUACAUUAAAGUAAUAAUCUAGGCCAGGAUGGCGGUUUUGGUUUAAACAAAAUUAGAUAUUUCCUAUUGCUGCUUCUUACAGUUCACAGCUUUACUUCGUGUUUGCAGUGAUAUUUCCUAGCUUCUUACAGUUCGCAGCUCUAUUUGUGUUCUCAGUGAAAGGUUGCACAUGUAUUAAUUGGUAUAAUGAUACCUUAUCUUGAGUCUGUAUGAUUUGCAGAGGCACUUAAUUUGCAGAAGCAUUUAUUCUAAAUAUGAGAAAAGGCCAAGGCCUAGCUCUGUUUUAUUUUAUUUUUGUAUUGUCAUCCAUCAACAAGGGACUUCUUUGGGUAUAGAAAAUAUAUUUUAUUUUACUAUUUUAUUUAAUAUUUAAAUAUUUUUUUUUUGUAUUUCCUUAUGGUGUAUUUAUUUGGCUGCAAUGUGUGCCAUUACUGAAAUGUAUUAUUUUUUUGUAUAUGUGAGACAAACUACAUACAGACUAAUUUCACAAUAAAAUGUUUGUUCAUAUUCAUUGAACAAAUGAAAAGAACUCAUUCAGAAUAUUUUCAAUUAUUGAACUGCAUCGAAUCGCAUCGCAUCGAAUCGCACUGAAUCGUUUUUUAACAACAUGCAUAUUUUCUUAUAUCGUAUCGUGACCAUGUAUCGAGAUACGAAUCGGAUCGUUUUUUUCAUGAGAGAUUUACACCCCUA